ACAAGGAAAGUAAAAUGUCUAGAACAAAAAUGAAGAAACAAACCUUGGAAUUAAAAAAAUUAAUUCUUGUGUAUCUUUCGGGGCUUAGAGAGAUAACAAUAAUGCAGAGGGUUUCAUUUUAUCAAGUUCAAACAAUUCUAUUCCUUCCACUUAUAAAGCGAACAAACGAACUCGUGGCGUUUAAAUAUACAUUGAUCUUCAAAAGGUAAUAAGUUAAGGUUAAUCACUCUGAAUAAUGGGAGACUGCCAUAUUGGAGUGUUCGGUUCAGGCAUAGUUGGUCUAAACACAGCUCUUGAACUUCAGAAACAGAUUAGAAAUGUUAAGGUCACUAUCAUUGCUGACAAGUUCUUAGAAGAUACGACCAGUGAUAAAGCGGCUGGUAUCUUCAUUCCUGCCGACUACUUCGCAGGACCUAAUCCCCAAAUCACACAAGAAUGGAUCGAUGAUUCUUACCAUUAUUAUGAAGCAUUAAAAGAUGAGUCUGGGAUUGGAAUUAAGGAAAUAUCUGGAUACAUCCUAGCGAAAAGUAGCUGGACAGCGACCAGGAAUCGGUUUAUGGAAGGUCUGGUACCUGUAUUUCGUACAGUUGACGAUGAUGAGCUUGCUUCGAUUUCACCUGGCGAUUGGAAAUAUGGUUCUUAUCUCAAGACUUAUUUGAUUGAAUGUCGUGGCUACCUUCCUUGGGCUAUGCAUAGGUUUAAACAAAAUGGUGGGCAGUUUGUUACUGGAAGAAUUGACAGCUUUUCUGAGGUUGAAAACUUUGGAAAAUUUGAUUUAAUCAUGAAUUGUACUGGUCUUGGGGCGAGAGCAUUGUGCAAUGAUAGAAGAUUAACUCCGAUGAGAGGGCAAGUUUAUAAGGUAAAUGCUCCUUGGCUUGACAAAUUUUAUCUAGCGGAGCAUACUACUUACAUCAUACCAGGCUUCUCGGCAGCCACUCUUGGCGGUACGAAGAACUACGGCAGCUGGAAUACCGCCGUGGACAAAUAUGAUUCUGCUUCCAUCUGGGAUAGGUGCACCAGGAUAGUCCCGAAAUUGACUACUGCUCCAGUCAUUAAGGAAAUUGUAGGUCUCAGACCACACAGGGAUAUUGUUAGAGUUGAACCAGAAAUCAUAAAUGGUCUUAAGGUUGUUCACCAUUAUGGUCAUGGUGGCUACGGAGUCACUUCUUCCCCAGGAUCAGCCAAGACAGCAACAGGCAUUGCUAUUAAUAUGCUAAAAGGAUCCAAAUUGUAGGCAAAACAUUGCUUUCUAUAAUAUAUCCUUAAAAAUGAGUUAGAAUAUAAAUAAUAAUUAUCAUUUAUCUAACCUAUUUAAGUUUUACUUGCCUUUUUAUCAAAUAUUUAAUAAGGUAAAUUAUUGCUCUCAUGAAAAAUCUUUGAAUCCAAAUUUUUGACAGAAAUUCUAAUUUUAAGAUCUCUGAGUCCAAAUAACCAAGUUUGACAAAAUUUAUAAAAUUAUGCAGAGUUGAAAUAGACUGACUGGGCUUAAAUGUCAAAUUUUCAAAAUAUAUGUGAUACUUUGCCGAACUUCAAGUAUAUAGUUAAAAAUUUAUAUUCUUCAUAUUAUAUUAUAUAUAUAUAUCGGGAAAUCACUUUAGAAUUGGAUGGUCAAUCGUGGAGGGUGGUUAGAAACCAGAUAACCGCUAGUUAAUCACUAACCUAAUCUGCCUAAUAAUGGUGGAGUGGACAAUGAACUCUAUGUUUCUACUGUUUCACCAUUUGUACAGAGACAGCAGUCAUACGAAGUAUGAAGAAUUUUGAAGAAAGAAUUUCAAUGUAUGUUUAUAUUUUAGAUGAAAUUAUAUUUUACUAUAUAAAUAAAGGCUGUAUGUAUCA